AUGAGUUCCUCAAAAUCUUCAACAUCUUCCUCAACUCAACAGCCAACUGUAGUCGACAUAAAUUCAUUAACAAUUGAAGAACUUUCUGGUUUACAACAACAACUUAGUGCCGAAUUAUCUUUUUUUAAUGAAUCUUUAAAUGAAUUGAGAAGUGUUUCUAAUCGUUUUGGAAGAUGUCAAGUGACUUUGGAUUCUAUAAAUCCUGAGGAAAAGAAUAAAAAAGCGUUGAUUCCGCUAUCAGAAUCGGUUUAUAUUGAAGCUAAAGUUAUUGAUCCAGACAAAUAUUUGGUUGAAAUUGGUGCUGGUUAUUUUGCUAGAAUGAAUCGAAAACAGGCUUUGGAUUAUUUUAAAAGAAAAUAUGCAUUUUUGGACGGCCAAAUAAACACAAUAAAUAAGAGUGUUAUUCCAGAAAAACAACAACUUAGACAAAUGGUUUUGAUGGCUUUACAAAAGAAGAUACAAGCUACCACUUCUGCUAAAUGAUUUUUCAGUUUGGAUUUUUUUGUUGUUUUGAUUUGACUUGGUUUUUUAUUUUUUAUUUGGUUGUAUUUUUCUGGACCAACUUUUGGUUUUUUUGGAUUUUCUGGAUUUUUCUGGGCCCUUACUCGUUCACAAUCAGUCUCUUCCUACCUACCUUCAAUCAG